AACAAACAAAAAUAAUCAAUUUUGUUCAAGUUUUGCUUUAGGUUAUUUUGCCUUAUUUUGGGUAUAAAUAUAGCUACCAAGUUUGUUGUUUUCAUAGUUUUCAUUUGGUUUCACUAAUAUAGUAGUAAAGCGUCUUGAGCAAAUAAUUUUGAGUUAUGGAGAAAGCAUUUGAUACUCUUGAUUCUGUUGGUCCUGGUGUUCGGGCAUGGCGAUUCAAGGUUCGAAUUCUUCGUUUGUGGAAUGUGUAUUCUUUCGCAAAACCUAAUCAACUUAAUUCAAUUGAGAUGGUACUUAUUGAUGAAAAGGGUUACAAGAUUCAUGCAACUGUUCCUCCCCAUUUGUUGAAUUUGUUUCGUUUCAAACUCAAUGAAGGUGAUGUCUAUAGGUUGUUUUAUUUCAAAGUACAUAAGGUAUCUGGUGUUUACCGUACAACUCGACACCCCUAUAAACUUAGCUUCCAUAAAAAAACAAAGGUUCAAAGCUGUGAAAAUAAUGAUAUAGAUCGAUUUGGAUUGUCACUAAGUACUAUUCGAGACAUAUGCAAUCGUACUUCUGGUCAUGAUUUCUUAGUUGAUGUUGUUGGUUUGAUCACUGGUAUUUCUCCUCCUAAGGAAUAUGUUUUUUGUGGAAAGAUUACUCCCAUGAUUGUGUUUGAGAUGGCUGAUUAUAGUGGAAAGUGUGAUUGCAUUCUGUCUGGUGAUGAUGUUGGUGAUCUUGACAAGAUGCUUAGCUGUGGUGAUAAUGGAUUACCUCUUAUGAUAGUUCAGUUUGCGAAAAUUAGAAAUUUUAGAGGAAAUAUUGCUAUUCAAGGUGUGUUGAGCACAAGGUUUUAUGUUAAUCCUUCAAUACCAGAAGCUAUUUCUUUCAAGAAUGGUCUUCCUGUUGAAGGUGUUGAAUCAUUGUCUUCCAUUCCUGCUUUUGGGUUUCAACCUAGGCCAGCUUUUGAGGAUGAUUUUUUGGUUAAUUAUUCCAAAAUUUCCAUAGUUAAUUUACUUGAAAGUGUUGAAAAUGGUAUUUAUGUUGUUAGGGCUACUGUUGAUGGAUUGGUCGAGGGUGAGGAUUGGUGGUAUCCCGGAUGUAGUUGUGCUAGAAUAGUUUCUGCUGACUCUGGUGCAUUUUAUUGCAAGCCAUGCACAAAACGUCCUUUUGAAAUGGUUCCAAGGUUUAUGGUAAAGCUCAAGGUUUAUGAUGGAUCUGGCCAAGCUAUUUUCAUUAUUUUUGAUGAUGAUAUGAAUAAGUUGUUGGGAAAACAUUGCCAUGAACUGGUUGCUUUAUCCAAGGCUAAAAAUGUGGGUUAUUAUCCUCCUGAAUUAGAAUUGCUUAAAGGAGUACAAUUGUUGUUCAAGGUUGAGAAAAAUUCUGGUGGGGAUGUUCCGUUUACAGGUUCAUUUAGAGUUAAGCAGAUCUGCAGUGAUGUUUCUGUUAUGAAAGCAUUUGAUUCCGUUUUGGGUAGUGGUGAUUCUUCUUCUUAUUAUGGUUUGAGUGUUAAAGAAGAGUUUGUUGAAGGUGUGCAGGUUGACUUGGUCGAUAAUGUUAUUGUUUUACCCUCUUUUGAAUUAUCUAGGGAAUAAAUUCUGGUUUUCAAUCGGGAUUCGAUGUCUGAAGUUGUUGAAAUAUAACCAUAAUUCUUCAAAGAUCAACAAUUUUUCCGAAAAUUCAGUUGUUGCUGCCUAUAUUCCUUUUUGCCAGUUUUAUUGCUAUGUUGUAAUAUAAGAAUUUUCUAUGAAUUUGAUACUUUUGUUAAUUUGGUUUUUUGAUGUUUAAUAUUGUUUAUCUCUUAUGGUUAUAUUAAAGGGUGUUGUUAACAUGCAUAUAGUA